ACCCUUUCCCAUCGUACCCAUAAUAACUUUUAUGGCAUUUAUUUAAAUAUUGCGAUUGUGUCGUUAAAAAUGUCGGUUUUUAUGACUUUUCUAAAGCAGAAAGUCAUUGAUUUUCCCGAGUGAGGUGCAUGUUUUUUUUAUAUAAAGUGAAGAUUGACCUUUAUCUACUACGUAACUAUAAUAGAAGUUUUGAAGAAUUGAUUUAAUUAGUUAGUUUCUCUAACAUAAUGGGAAGUCUCCAAACUUUCUCACCUGCCAUAACCCAUUGGUCUUUCGGCAUAACACUUCUGGUAGGCUUAACCUCUUCAGAAUUUUCCGCCGCCGAGACGUUAAUUGGAAUAUUUGUUGCUGGAUGUAUAUCUACAUUAUCAGUAAUAUGCUCCUGUACUACAGUGACCACAGAUAUAGAAAUCUCCAAACAUAAACGUGUGGCCAACCUCCUAACUUUCUUAAUAAUAUGGCAAGAUAUAUUCACGAACCUAGUGGCUGCUGGCACUUCUGCCAGAUUAGCCAGUGCCACAGUGGAUUACAUUAGCAAGGGGCAUUUCAGAGAGUUUCUCUUUGGAUUACAACAACAUUCUCUGGGUGAACCUUGGCCUGACGUCUUGGGAGUUACCAUUAUAUUAGUUGUAACUGUCUUGUUCAUGAUGGGAUUAGAGAAAUCUGCUGUUCUUUCAAUUUUGCUAUUUAUGGCCCUUUUUGCUAAUUUUGCUUCGUUUACUUUUAUUGGAAGUUUUCAUACGGUGAACUCAUUUAGUAGUUGGGUAGCUGGGCUGAAAAUUCAUUCACCAAAAGGGAUUCUUAAUGCGGCAGCUCUAUGCUCAUUCGCUUACGCUAACCGAAUGCCAAUGACUUCGAAGAAUAAUUGCUUAAAAUUGUUAACAAUUUUCUUUAUUCCAUGGUUGUUUUAUACCGUUCUGGCAAUUGUGUUUUCCCUUAUGACAGGUUACCGGGAGCUGAAUGGUACUGCGAUCCCACUAAUUCAGGUUUUCCAAAACCGAGAUGUGGACUGGGCGAGGCCGGUGAUUGCCGUUUGUACCAUUUGCGUGGCAUGUCUGCUUUUAACAGAAGUUUUACCUAACGUCUAUCUUACUUUUGUCUGUCUUGCUGGUAAAACUUGGAAACUCUUUAUUAGCUCUCUUCAGUAUCAGAGUGGUACUACUGGGGCUCCGGUACUUGCUAUUUUUGGAGCCGGUAGCCUGGCGGCUAUUUUAGCAUUUGCUUGCCCCCUCUCUCAUCUAAUCAGACUUCUUAGCGCCACUACACUUAUAAAAGGCAUUCUAAACUCCUUUUUCUUAGUUUACGUGAGAUACAGACCAGACAUUAUUUUCAACGAAUCAGAAGGCAGUACAUCAACAAAUAUCCAAUACAGCAAACUUACCCAAAACACUAACAAAUCAACGAGACAAGUUAAAUACACAAUGAAGGAUAAAAUUAAAGGCCUAUUUGUGAAAACCCCUCAGUACAUCCAUAAGUUAAGUUCACCCAAAGGGCCUGUAUGUAACGUACGAAAAUUGCCCGUGAUCAAGAAGCAAAUGGAUGAACAAGAAUGCUUACUAUUUGAAGAAUAUGUCAACAAAUCUAUUAACAACGAUAUGGCGGACGACAGCAGCUCAGAAAAUGAAGAAAAUGAAAUGGAGGUUAUGCCAAGAAGUGAAGACGAUGAGCAUUCUGAUAGCUCUACUGAUAUAGAUGUUAUUGUAGAGGAAUAUCGUGAAGGCUUAAGAGUCGCAACUAUCGGGAAGUUUAACGAGAGGAAACGAUCAACAAAAACAACAUCCUUAAUAGUAAUAAUAUGCCUAAUUUUAAUUUGUGCAGCUUCUGUUAGUAUUUCCCUUUGCAUCUUCGAUAUAGUCCAAUUUUUUUGGUUGGACGUAAUAGGAAUUUUGGCUUGCGUUUUGAUUAUCACAGGCCUCCCAGAGAAUUCUUCAGAAAAAUCAAAACCCUGCUUACUACCUUCUUGCUUGUUUGCUUUAUGCCAUAUCUUAUCGAUGUCUGUAAACAUUAUUACAGUAUCUAUUAUAAUGCCCAUGGUGUGGUAUACUGUGUUAUUCUGGGCAAUUGCAGGUUUGAUUCUCUAUAUGAGAUUCGACUGCUGCCAGUGUGACAUUCUGGAGCCUCUAGUGGUUAGGGCAACCUCUAAAGUGGAACCCGAGCAUUUCACUUACGAGUUCAAAGAUAGUCUGACAGAUCGAAUCGUUAUUGCCAGAUGACAUCCGGAUUACUUUGACGAGGAAGGUUUUAUUACUGACUCGGACGAUGAUAAUUGAAGAAAAUUAUUCAUUUUGAGGUUAUGUAGAAUUUCGGGAAAAACGGGGGUUUUUGAUCAUUUUAUUUAAUUGUAAUGUGAAUUUCAGGAACAAACUCGUAUUAUUAGAGAAAAUGUUAUUGUUUUGAUUUACAAGCGGCAAAUUUAAUAAUAUUUUUUUAAAGGCACAAAAAGUAACUUGAACUCCUUUGAAUACGCCUAAAUAGGAAAUUCAGUAUCUUUACUAGGAGUUGUUGGAUUUCCAAAAUCUUAAAAAAAGAAGAAAUUUAUUAAUUUUCGUAAUUUGCGAUGGAAUAUUAGAAAUUUUUAUAUUUGUUUGCAAACCAAACAACUCAUACUCAUAACUUAUGCUAGGAUCUAUAGGCGAGAGCUUUAUAAAUUUUUUUUUUACUUCUUUACAUUAACAUAAGUUAGAUCCUGACCGUCCUGAACAAACGUAAGCAAAGCAGAGCAAUUUUAUUGAUUUUAACUGAACGCCUUUGUCAUUCUUGAAAAGAAACCUAAGAAGCCAGAUUUAAAUUGUUUGCUCCAAGUAGAUAAGUUGAUGAAGUGAAAAUAAUGAUGAUGAUCAAAAAGUCUCUAUAAUUAAUAUGUAACACUAGUCUAUUUGGGAACAAUUAUAGCAUUAAUUUUGCUUUUAAAAAAAUGUAUGGAUUUUUCUUCUCUAUUGCAAUUCAUUGCGCUGUUGUCUGCAUAAUGUCGAAAUUGUAUGUAAUUUGCAUAUUUUGGCUCAAUACACACAAUAAGUAUUACUUCGUUGCAAUUCUGUGGUACUGACUCUUGGCUCUGAACUGAGUUAUUACGUUCGAAAAUAGAGAAAACUGGAAUUCUUAAUAUCUUUCAUCGUCUUUACUUCUCUUUUUCCUAAAUAAAUCCCUUCUAUGAUUUAGAGGAUUUAAUGAUUACUAGUUCAAAAUUAAAUGCCUUUUUGCAAAAUGUUCAGUAUUUGAACAAUUUUUCAGUAUUUAAAUUAAUAGAUUAUAUUAUAUAUUGUAAUAUAUAAUAUGUAAUUUAUAUUUAAUUAUUAUUAGAUAUAAUAUCAAUUUUCCAGAAUGACAUAAAGUCCAAGAUUAGAAUCAUUCUACUUUUACACAGUAAUUUCGUUCAAAUUCUCUUGAAAUUAAUUGAAUGAUUACUCCUGUUACAAGGUUUCAGUCUCUUCAGAUGGUGAACUGAAGAUAGUAAAUGGACUUGUUUGUAAAAAAUCUUGUUUUUUCUGGGGUUAAAGAAUCUAGAAUGAGAGUGCAAACCUUUGGACCAUUCUGCCACAGUAUAAAAUGGACAAUCUAUAUCGUAAAUUUCAUCAGUUGCCUAAAUAUAUCAAACAUUAAUGGAACUUAUUUUUCAGAACUGGUUAGAGAAAAAAAAACGAAGUAAUAUAAUGAAGUUCUAUGGGUUUUUUCUUGGUUUUUGGCAUCUCAAGUGCUCACUUAUUAUAAAUAAUCCGUUUUUGAGCAUAUUAUUUUUUUAUUAUUACUCAGAAAUUAUCAGUUACUUCAGUGAUGACUUGUAAAAUUCAUGUUCUUUGUCAUUUUAAUUUUAAAUAUAGUAACGGUAAAUUUCUGGGAAAGAGAAAAGUUGGAGAAGUUUAUUUCUCCAAACCUUUAAUUUCUAAUAGUUUCUUCUUUGAUCAAUUAUUUCCUAGAUUUCAGUUUUCAGAACUGCUUGUCGAAAUAAAUUCUGUAAUGAUUCAUCUAAAACGAGUAUUUACAUAAUAUUGAUAAAACUCUUUAACGGAAGUUUUUGAUUCAAUGCAUAAGCUCUUUUUUCCCAUAGUUUUACUUCUAAUAAAAAUAAUAUAAAAUUUGAAUCACAAAUAAAAAACCAGGGCAGAAAAUAUAAGGGAAAAGUUUGUCGUUAAGAGAUAAUAGUUCCUUAUGUUAUGAGAAAUAAUAUAUUUUAGUCGAUUUAGUAAACCUACCUAGCUUUAUAAAUGACAACAAUACAUUUAAAUAAUUAAUUUAUCAAUAAAAAUUAAUUAGAUAGUGUUAUUGCUAAGAUACUCAUGUAAUUAAUACGUCCUCAAAUAGCUUUAAAUGCGAUCUAUGUAUAUUAAGCAUCUGGCUUAUCAAAAGGUGCUGUAUUCUAUGCAUGUUCCAAAAAAAUAUUUUAGUAAUAUGUACAUAAUAAUUAUGCAUACAGUAUGGCAGAACGAGCCUAAAGAGACAUCCUAAGUAAUUUUAUGUUGAAGACCGUACUGUAUAAUAAUAUAUAUUGUGAAAAAUUCGUCAAUUGUACAUCUCUGUUAAAUAGCCUAAUAAAUGUAUUAAUAACUUAUAAGCUGGUUAUAAAAACACUAUAAAUAUUGUUCUAUAUGUGUUCCUACUCACGCUACUUGUGAAAACAUCUUUAAUAAAUUUAUUGUUGUUUU